AUGCCAACUGAUUCUAAGUUUAUGAAGGACAUUCUCACAAAGAAAAUGAGGUAUAGUAAUCAAGAAACCAUCAAUCCCGAUGCUAGUUGUAGCGCCAUCAUUCAAAGAACUCUUCCACGGAAAGAAACCGAUCCUGGAAGGGUUACAUUACUUGUCACCAUAAUAAAUGUAUACAUUUAUAAAGCAUUGAUUGACUUGGGUUUUAGCAUAAACUUGAUUUUGUUGUCUAUGGUUCAAAGGUUAGGCAACAUUGAAAUUAAAUCAACAAAGAUGACAUUACAAUUGGCCGACAAUUCUAUCACUCGUCCACAUGGAGUGGGUGAAGAUGUUUUAGUUAAGAUGGACAAGGUCUUGUUUUCUAUUGAUUUUGUUGUUAUAGACAUGGAAGAAUAUGUUGAUGCACCUUUGAUUCUAGGAUGA